AUGGGGAUUCGGUUACUGGAGAUGAUGCUUCACGCGAAGCAGAUUAUCAGAAGACGGUCACACUCGAAGCAACAGUGCUCAUACAGAACAUCGUCGGAUAGUAAAGUGGUAAACAUUGUCCCAAAAGGCCAUUUCGCGGUUUACGUCGGGGACGAAGAGAAGAACAAGAGAUUUGUGGUUCCGAUCUCGUACUUGAAGCACCCUUUGUUCCAAGCUUUGUUAAGGCAAGCCGAGGAAGAGUUUGGUUUCGAUUAUCCGGUGAGGGGUCUUAUUGUUCCAUGUGCCGAAGAGGAAUUCAUCAAGCUAACUCGAAUAAGUAAUGCGUGA